GCUGCGCUUGUUCAUUCUCCGCCUCGCCUCGGCCCCGCUCGCCCGCCGUACCGCCAGUCCCUUCCUCCUCGCUCUCCUGCUCGCCCGCAGUCAUGGGUCCCCCAGCAGGCUUCUAUCUGUGGGUCGUGCUAUUUGGGCUACGGAGGGAGGCGGCCCGCGCCUCGCUCUCCGUCUCCGUCCCGGACCGGGUGGCGGCGCUGUCGGGCUCCUGCGCGGUCAUCCCCUGCUCGUUCCCCGCGGCGCCGGGCCGGCGGUACCAGCUGAAGCUGCGCUACGAUUCCGCCGUGCCCCUCCUGCGCGGGACGGCCUUCAGCAGCGAGGAGCCCCUCCUGGGAGCCCACCGGGACUUCAGGGGCCGCACCGCGCUGGCCGGGGACCUCCAGCGGGGGGACUGCUCCGUCAGGGUGGCGGCGGUCACGGAGGACGACCGCAGGAAGUACGAGGUGUGGCUGAAGGAAAUGGGGACGGCGGCGUGGAUGAAGUCCAAGAAAGUCCUCCUGGAUGUGUCAGACAUCCCCAAACUGCCUCUGAUCACGGACCCUGGGGCAGUUAUUGAGGGGCAGUUAGUCACCAUGAACUGCACCGUCAGCAGCCCCUGCCCCUCCUGGCCCCCCCAAGUCCAGUGGAAGUGGGAGAGGGGGGGUCAGGAGAGCACCGCCGUGACCCAGGCCAGCGGGACACUCGUCCCUCAGGGAAAAGGACAGAUCCUCUCCUCCUUGUCCUUCAUUGCGUCAUCCCUCUCUCAGCCCAGACUGAGGUGCGAGGCCCGGUAUCCGGGUGGGAGGACGGUGUCUAUCACCAAGGAGAUGCACGUCAGUUUUCCCCCGAGAGACGUCGCGGUGCACGUCCACACCCUGACAGUCCAGGAGGGGGCGAGCGUGCUGCUGUUCUGCUCCUGUAAAUCGGACCCCCCGGCCUCAGAGUUCCAGUGGUGGCGCAGCCAGGGAGGGCACAGGGUCGCCCUCGCCCAGCGCACGCACACCGUGCGGCUGCUCAACGUGAGCCGGGGCCUCAGGGUGGGCUGCCGGGCCCAGAACCCGAUCGGUCGAGCGGACUCCGCCCCCACGGUCAUCAACGUGCAAUACAAGCCCUCCAUCUCCCCGCUGUCGCUCUGCAGCUGGGACGAGCGCACGUUCUCCUGCUCCUGCGCGGUGGACGCCAACCCCAGGCCGGCCGUCACCUGGAGCGUCAACGGGAGCAGCCCCCCCGACGGCUGCAACAGCUCCGUCUCCGCGGAGAACGGCACGCUGUGGGCCACUCUGAGCGGGGACGUGGACCGGCGGAUGAGCGUGGCCUGCUACGCCUACAACGCCCUGGGCAACGACUCCUCCGCGCUGCUGUACGCCAGCGGCGGCGGGCGCGAGCCUCAAGAUUCUCUGAUAUGGAAAGUGGUCCCGGCAGUGUGUGUUCUGUCAUCUCUGACCCUGCUCUUCCUCCUCCUCCUCCUCCUCUGCCACCGCUGCCGCAGGAAGACUGGAAAGUAUGAAAAACACAUUCUGAACUGCAGGCCGUCAUCUUCUGUUUACCCGAGAAAUUUGGGGAUCUACCAGGAAAGAAUGCCCCUCUACAUCAACUGCACAGAGGUGACCCACAUCUACACCAACGGAAGCUAUCAGCUCAUCUACCAGAAUUGCACUCCUCUGUUUGUCAGAAAUAAACAGGUUCUCCAGGUGCCCCAAAGACAGAGACGGAUCGCCUGGACGGACAGACAGAGGGACAGACAGAGGGACAGACAAAGCCCGGAGACGAACACGGAGACCCCUGUGUACCUGGAGAUCAUUUGAACAUGGACGUUCUAAACUUACUGAUACUAGCAAUAUGAUAUGAUACGAUAAGAGGGGGACAAUGUGAUAUCCAUUGUAUGAUGUAUGGGCAAUUAGACGAGUACAAAUGUCUACAAUACGAUGAAUUCAUUUUAUUAAAUGCAUACGUUUAUAAUAGUCGUUAUCGUACUUUGAAUGAGUGGCGUUCACGGUUUGGCUGGGAAAUUCAUGAUGCUAAGUGGAUUCAAUUUCCAGCUCAUUUUAUGCUUCAGUUAUCAGCCUAUUGUUUCCCUAUUACUCAGCUUUUAACUCACGGAGCCCCAUUUCAAGCAGCGUAGCACAGCGUUUUAGAGUGGGUAUUUUCCAAUGAAAUUAUCUAACUAGAAAAUGAGCUGAAGAAUAUGCUCCAAAACAUUGGAAUCUCUUGUGGAUAUCAUCACAAUAGAGAUAAUUUCAUUGAGAACUUUAAUUGACCAAGACUGACUGUAACAAGAUCUAGUGUACAGGGUUCCCUCAAAACAGUGUUUGGAAGUAUUUGCAACAGUAUAUUCAUUGAUUUUACUAUUAUACUGUAAUAGUACUAUUUUUUUUAAAUAUACUGCAUCAUUGUAUGUAGCAGUACAUAUUUCCUGCCCAUGUUGCAAAUCAGAGCACUCACAUGCAUUUUUAUUCAAUAACUGCUUUCUUCUUGAACAAAAAUUUCACUUUGCAAAUGAAUAAUGCAGGUGUUUAAUAAUUAGGUAAAAUGUCUGACUUGAAUGUCUGGUAUAUUUUCACACAAUGUGUAAUCUAACAGAGCCCCUGCUUUGUCACGUAAAUUUUUGCAUAAAUAAAGGUAGAACUACUUUCUGAA